AAUCUCUCAUUAAGGCAGAGCUUUCUUAAAGUCGUUUAGUCGCUUAAAUUAUAGUUGCAGUGACUUUGAAGGCAAGUAGCCAUAUCCUGGUAAUCUUAACAAAGUUUUAUAUUCUACUGGUUCAAAAAUGUGAGCGACGAUCUUUGAACGCUAUUGAUUGUUUUGAAAUGGCGGCAUCGAAAUUUGUCUCGUACGACACAGGUUACGAUGAUGAACGCUUUGAACAGAUUGUCAGCCAGACCUUGCACUGUAUCAUUUGCACGAAUGUCAUCAAAGAUCCGGUCAUGUGCCGCCAUAAUGAACAUGUAUUUUGUCGUGGUUGUAUCACCAGACAUCUCAUGUACUCUCAGACAUGCCCGACAUGUAUGCAACCACUCACUAUCGAUACUUUGAAAGUGAAUCGUACCGUAGCGAACUUGCUUUCUGAACUUAAGAUCCGUUGUGAAUUCUUCAACCGUGGUUGUGAAAGAUUUAUUGAGCUGGACGCUCUUGAAAAGCAUGUUGCAGAGUGUGGGUUUGCUCCAGCAUUCUGCUCGAAUGAAGGUUGUGGACGGGAAGUCAACAAGCAAGAUUUACUUCAUCAUGAAACAGCUGUGUGUGAACAACGCAGAGUUAAAUGUCAUAGUUGUAAUGACAUAAAACGAGAGAUGGAUGUCUUCAAAGUCAACUUGGCAUCGAUUAAUGUGAAGUUGGAAAGAAAUGAGGCGAACAUGAAAACUGUUGAAGAAAAUGUGGUGUCCAAAGUGGAAAAGUUGGUUCAAGAACAACUAAAGAAGCAGGAAGAAAGCAAUCGACGGCUGGAAGAAAGCAAUCGUCGACUGGAAGAAAGCAAUUGUCGACUGGAAGAAAGCAAUCGUGGCCUGGAAGCGGACAAUUUUGAAGUGAAGAAAUGUUUGAAUGAGAUCACGAAGCAACUGAAGAAAGGAAUUCCAAAAGCUGAUGGAAAGGACAGGGAACCGAAAAUCAUUGUUGCUGGAGGUGGAGGAUUAAGAUCGGUGGAAAUGUUUAGUCUUGCGAGCGGAACCUGGACACUACUACAACCAAUGAGAGAAUGUCUCUCUGGAGCAACCUCGUUUAUUCACAACAAAAAUCUAUUUGUUUUGGGAUCUUCAUAUAAGACGUCGAUGAUACAGUUAUCACUGGACGAUGAUCAAGUUGAUCAGUCCAGAGCAAAGUGGGAAGUUGUUCCUGUUGAGUUAACUGGGGUUGGGCUACUGUUUGGACACUGCAGUGUUCUUUAUCAAGGACGGUUGAUAUUGAUUGCUGGUCAUGAUCUCAGAAUGAAUCCACAUUCCAAAUCAACUUCACCUUCCAAUAAAAUUAUUGAGAUCUCCCUUGUUCCACCUAACACCAGUAUAAAACUAUUGUCAAUCUUGCCACAGGACAGAUAUUCUCAUGGCGUCGCAAUGUUUGAUGACAAGAUUUUGAUAGUUGGAGGCGGACAACCCCUUUCGCAAUUAACCCUCAAAAGUGUUAUGAUAUAUGACAUCACUAAGAAUGAAUGUCAGGAGUUGGCUCCCCUCCCCUACCCCGUGAGUCAAAUGGCCACAGUCAAGUGGGGUGAAGACAACGUUAUCAUAAUGGGUGGUGUCGACAGUAACCACAAAGCAUUAAACGCAGUUUUAAUGUACAACAUCAAGACCCAGAAGAGUCACAUGCUACCUGACAUGAAGUACAGGAGGAAAGGAUGUGUGACUGCAGUUGUCAGAGACACCGUGAUCGUGAUGGGAGGCCAGGAUGAAAGAGGAAAUGCCUUGAAGUCUGUGGAAGGUUUUAGAUUUGACAGAUACAGCUGGGAAGAACUUCCAGAAAUGCACGAGGCAAGAUGGAUUGCUACAGCAGCUGUAUGGUAACAAACCGUGUAUUUUAUAUAUUGGAGCUGCCUUGUAAUUAACCAAUAAAUAACAUGUAAAUUAUAGAUAAAAGUGAUUCUUGUAGUCAUAGCAAGAUAAAG